AGCCACCGGAGCCACUAUCCCAGCAGAGCUACAGCAGCAGGCCGUAUUCCCUUAGCCCCAAAAAGCCUAAACCUUAAGAUGCAGGUCCACCAGGCUGUGUUUGGAGCCGCCGUGCUCGGCAUGCUGUUGGCCAUCGGCUGUUCCCUGCCCGUUUUGGAUGCCAGUUCAGGCAUCGACAACGCCACCAUCGAGGAGCUGAGGGCCAGCGUCAACGAUACGCCCAAGAAUCUCUAUGUGGUCAAGGCGGUGGUCUAUGAGAUCGGCAUCCUGACGGAGGUGGGCGAGAAUGACACCAGUUUUGAGAGCCAGGAACGCGUGGAUCUGACCUUCUACGACACGCACAGCAACAAGAGUCACAUUGACCUGGGCAACAUCCCGCUGCCCAUCCAGACCAAUGUCACCGGUCAAGUGCUGACCGGCAUCGCACCCGUGAAUCUGGGAGCCUUCAGCAGCCCCCAGGAACUCCUAGAAACCCUUCCCCUGACCGGAAGCAUUGUGAACAUCACGCACAGCGACACCGCCUUCUAUCAACUGAGCAGAUCGAACACCAGUGCCGCGGACAAGCCACAGAUUCUGGAUCAGGAUGCGCUGGCCAAGCUCACGCACGCGGCCCAGUUGUUCCCGCCAUCGUCGCAAAUUGGCCAGUCGGUGCCAGUGAACCCAGCUGCCGAUAACGAGGUGCCCCAGACGGAACCCGAGGAUUAGGCUUACUCCGCGGAAUCUCAUCGUGAUGCAGUGCGUUGCUCUCCAAGCAAUCUAUAAAUACGUAUACUCUAGAUCUACUUAGUUUUAUGGCUUCACACUUAAGUACCUACAGUGCUAGAAAAGACUGGACGAGGACAAGAGAUCGGCAACAUUGCCGUGGUCACAUCACAAGGUUGGAAUUUCACUUUUCUAUGGCAAAGUAAAAAUAAAUUUCGCAUUAGUGCUAGGU